AUGGCUCCAAUUGGUGCCGUCUUGUGCGGCAGAGAGCCAAAGCUGGCGGAAUUCAUGAAGGCCAAUUUAGCUCCCAAAAUUGAAAUCACGCACGUCUGCUCGUCCACGGAGGCAGCCUUGACCGAGAUCCCAAACCUCCUCCAGGAGGGCUCGGCCAACAUAUCUCUCGUGAUCAUCGGCGGCUUGUACUCGCCCGAAGACAUUGAAAAGAUCAAAGCGGCCGCCGACGCAGUCAAACCGUUGGCGUUCUUGGUCGCGGAUCGGAGCAAGACCCCACCUGGCGCCACCGGUCCGCCACCACCGGAGAUCAUCAAGCAGCGGAUCCUCGCUGCUGUCGCGGCGACCGAGACAGGCGAGGCGAAGCUGGAGCCGGGGCUUCAUAAGUUCUGA